AUUCCACGGUUGCUACAUCGUCGCGAGGGGCGGGGCUGCUGUCAGGGCAGCGGUGAGCGCGCCGGCGCGGGCGGGCUGGGGCUCCGAGCGCUGCGCAGUGCCAGCGCCAGCACCAGAUCGCGCGCUCCGGCCCUCUGCCUGCCUUGUGGCUCGCGCGUCCGCACUCUUGCCUGCCUGUGUGUUGCCCGAGUAUGGAGCUGCUGUGUUGCGAGGGCACCCGGCACGCGCCCCGGGCCGGGCCAGACCCGCGGCUGCUGGGCGACCAGCGUGUCCUGCAGAGCUUGCUCCGCCUGGAGGAGCGCUAUGUGCCCAGCGCCUCCUACUUCCAGUGUGUGCAGAGGGAGAUCAAGCCGCACAUGCGGAAGAUGCUGGCGUACUGGAUGCUGGAGGUGUGUGAGGAGCAGCGCUGUGAAGAGGAAGUCUUCCCCCUGGCCAUGAACUACCUGGAUCGCUACCUGUCCUGCGUCCCUACCCGCAAGGCCCAAUUGCAGCUCCUGGGGUCGGUCUGCAUGCUGCUGGCCUCCAAACUGCGAGAGACUAAGCCCCUGACUAUCGAAAAACUGUGUAUCUACACCGACUAUGCUGUCACCCCCCACCAGAUGCGGGACUGGGAGGUGCUGGUCCUGGGGAAACUCAAGUGGGACCUUGCCGCUGUGAUUGCCCAUGACUUCCUGGCCCUGAUUCUUCACCGACUGUCUUUGCCCCGAGACCGACAGGCCUUGGUCAAAAAGCAUGCCCAGACCUUUUUGGCCUUGUGUGCUACAGAUUACACCUUUGCCAUGUACCCGCCCUCCAUGAUCGCCACAGGCAGUAUCGGGGCUGCCGUGCAAGGCCUCGGUGCCUGCGCCACAUCCGGGGAUGAGCUCACAGAGCUGCUUGCUGGGAUCACCGGCACGGAAGUGGACUGCCUGCGGGCCUGUCAGGAGCAGAUUGAAGCUGCCCUCAGGGAGAGCCUCAGGGAUGCUGCCCAAACCUCCGGAAGCCCAGCACCUAAAGCCCCCAGGGGCUCCAGCAGCCAGGGGCCCAGCCAGACCAGCACUCCCACAGAUGUCACAGCUAUCCACCUGUAGCACCGGGAGAGGCCCCCUCGAGUGGCCGCUGACAGCAGAGGAGGGGACACUGCCAUCCCACUUCCUGCCUACAGGAUGAACCACGCCACAUCUGAAAUCUGAGGGGGCUCCUUCCUACUUGCCUCUCACAAAGCCCAAGGGGUGGGUCCCACCUGUCCCUGCAGUGUGCACUAAAGGGCCUGGCUGGCAUAUCUGGGUGGCCCGUCAGGCUCCUCUUCCCUUGUAUCUGCCAGCUCCGUUUCUUUCCAUUGUAGCUGGCUGUGGGCCAGGCUGGUCUGAGACAAAAUUCAACUAGGCAGAAUAUAUGCACCAGCAUUCCUUUUUGAGGCCCCUUGGAUUCCGAGGCUCUCAUGUUCUCAACUGUCAAAACGCCCCAGUGCCUUCUAAAGGUGUCGCACCUUCUAGAGUUACUGCAUUUGGAUAGGGGUCUUCCUGAAGGAAUUUCAGAUGUUCUGAUAGACACGUGUGAGGGGAAACAGUCUAGACAGCUCCUCUUAACAUACUUAGCAGGCCCUGCAUUAUCCUGCUCACAGCUAUUCCUAGAAGGGGCCAGAACUAACCAAUUCCUCCUUGCUUUGCUUUUGGCUCAGCUUCUGUGUGAUUGAGGGAGGUAGUGCUGAAGGAAGAGGUUGUUUUAAUUUAUUGAUUGUUAUGAGUACAACUGUAAGAGGGUGUGGUGGGCCCCCUCUAACCCUGGUGGUAACCCUGGUGGUUGCUGCGUCUCUCCCCUCUGCUGCUGGCUAGAGUAUCUUUGUGGCCAAGGAGCUGCUAUAGCCUGGGGUGGGGUGAUACCCUCCUCUCCCUCUUGCUCUCUGCCCCAUCCUUUGGGGAAGAGAGGAAACAGGGCUGCUUUGGAGGUACCAGAGCUCCCUGUCAGGAGAGGGAGGCAAGCCCUAUGGACACAGGUCUUUCCUAAGGCUACAAGGUCCAGGCUUGUAGCCCAGGACCUCUCUGCUACCUUAAUAAAGAUUCUGGA